AUGGCAAUGGGUGAAGCUAUCGUCGAUGUUCACUGGGGCUGCAGUACGAGGCACAAUGGUACGUUUGCCCUCAUCUACGGAAUCGCCAUUGAAGGCAUUCGCGUCCCCGUCGCCGCCGCCGAUAUACUGACUUUGGCUCUCCCCAGGCGAUCGCACACAACCAGCAGAUCCCCCACAACCGUGAGACUCCCCCACGAUCCAACGACGACGAGAAGAACGCACAUCGAGAAGAGCACGACAACUGACAGAGACACCACAGACUUCCGCAAGGAUUGGCAGCGCCGGGUUAGGACGCACUUCGACCAGGCCGGCAAGAAGCACAGCCGCCGUGUCGCGCGUCAGGCCAAGGCCGCCAAGGUCGCUCCCCGCCCCGUCGACCUCCUCCGCCCGGUUGUCCGAUGCCCUACCGUCAAGUACAACCGCAAGGUCCGUGAGGGCCGCGGUUUCUCCCUGGCUGAGCUCAAGGCCGCCGGUAUCCCCCGCCUCUACGCUCCCACCAUCGGUAUCGCCGUCGACGGCCGCCGCCAGAACCUGAGCGAGGAGUCCCUCGCCGCCAACGUCGCCCGCCUCAAGGCCUACAAGGAGCGCCUCGUCGUCUUCCCCCGCCGCUCCAACAAGCCCAAGCAGGGCGACUCCAAGGUCGACCUCGCCAGCACCGAGACCGUCCGCAACCUCUCCGCCGCCCUCCCCGUCGAGAACACCGUCAGCGGCUUCUCCGAGAUCUCCAAGUCCGACGUCCCCGCUGCCGUCGAGGGUGGUGCCUACCGCAAGCUCCGCCUCGCCAGAGCCGAGGCCCGCAACCUGGGCAAGAAGGAGAAGCGUGCCCGCGACGCCGCCGAGGCCGAGGCUGCCAAGAAAUAA